CGGCAUUUAACCCAAACAAUCAACCAAGAAGAUGAGUCUCACUGCCAAGGACAAGGAAACAGUCAAAGCCUUCUGGGCUAAAGUGGCUCCCAAGGCUGAAGACAUUGGCCAGGAUGCUCUGUCCAGGAUGCUGGUGGUUUACCCACAGACCAAGACCUACUUCUCCCACUGGAAGGACAUGAGUCCCGGCUCUGCUCCAGUGAAGAAGCACGGAGCCACGGUGAUGGGUGGAGUAGCUGACGCUGUGGCCAAAAUUGACGACCUGACUGCAGGUCUCCUGAGCCUGAGCGAGCUGCAUGCCUUCACUCUGAGAGUGGACCCUGCCAACUUUAAGAUUCUGGCACACAACAUCCUUGUGGUCUUCGCCAUCAAGUUUCCCUCCGACUUCACCCCAGAGGUCCAUGUGGCUGUGGACAAGUUCUUGGCUGCUCUGGCCCGUGCCCUCUCCGAGAAAUACAGAUAAACUGGACACCUGGAGAAGAUAAAAGACAUGAUACUACAGCUCCUAACAGUCUGAAUAUGAAUAAAAGACCAAAAGCAU